CAUGAGUACCAACAGUAACUCAUUGGCACGUGAAUUUCUGACCGAUGUCAACCGGCUUUGCAAUGCUGUGGUCCAGAGGACGGAGGCCAGGGAGGAAGAAGAGGAGGAGACACACAUGGCAACCCUCGGACAGUACCUCAUUCAUGGUCGAGGAUUUCUGCUGCUUACCAAGCUAAAUUCUAUCAUUGAUCAGGCAUUAACCUGUAGAGGAGAACUGCUUACCCUCCUCCUUUCACUCCUCCCAGUGGUGUGGAGGAUUCCUGUUCAAGAAGAGAAGGCAGCAGAUUUUAAUCUACUGUUCUCAGUUGAUAUAAUACCAACCAAAGAAAAUAACUCAAGUUCACAAAGAUCUACUCAGGAAAAAUUUCAUUUAGAAGGCAGUUUUCCAUCUGAUCAUGUUUCUGCAAAAGUGAACAUUCUUCAAAAAGGCAGACGACAGCGCAAAAUUACCCAUCGCUAUUCUAUACGAGAUGCAAGGAAAACACAGCUUUCCACUUCAGACUCAGAAGCCAAUUCAGAUGAAAAAAGCAUAGCAACAAAUAAACACAGGAGGGCCCAUCUGCCACAUCAGUUUGUAGCCCAGCCUCUUAAAGAGGACCACCUUACAACUAACGUCGACCACUUAGCAACCAAAGAACAGACCCACCCUGAUACCAUGGCUUUAGAAAGUUCCAGAGAGGUUAUUCUCAGACAGGCGCCAGACACUGACAUUUUAAGUGAACCAGCCGCCUUGUCUGUUAUCAGCAACAUGAACAACUCUCCAUUUGAUUUAUGUCAUGUUUUGUUAUCUUUGUUAGAGAAAGUGUGUAAGUUUGACAUAACCUUGAAUCAUAAUUCUGCAAUAGCAGCCAGUGUAGUGCCCACACUGACUGAGUUCCUAGCAGGCUUCGGGGACUGUUGUAGUCUCAACAACAGUUUGGAGACUCAGGUGGUUUCUGCAGGCUGGACUGAAGAACCUGUGGCUUUGGUCCAGCGGAUGCUGUUUCGAACGGUGCUACAUCUUAUGUCGGUAGGUAUAAGUACUGCAGAGACCAUGCCAGAAAGUCUAAGAAAAAAUUUAAUUGAAUUGCUUAGGGCGACUUUAAAAAUUAGAACUUGUCUGGAAAAGCAGCCUGACCUGUUUGCACCAAGGCAAAAGAAAACACUACAGGAGGUUCAGGAAGAUUUUGUGUUUUCAGAGUAUCAUCAUAGAGCCCUUCUGCUGCCUGAGAUCCUGGAAGGAGUUCUGCAGCUUCUCAUCUGUUGUCUUCAGAGCGCAGCUUCGAAUCCCUUCUACUUCAGUCAAGCCAUGGACUUAGUUCAGGAAUUCAUUCAACAUCAUGGAUUCAGUUUAUUUGAAACGGCAGUUCUUCAAAUGGAAUGGCUAGUUUUAAGGGAUGGAGUCCCUCCUACUGAGGCCUCAGAACAUUUGAAAGCCUUAAUAAAUGGUGUGAUGAAAAUAAUCAGCACUGUCAAAAAAGUGAAAUCAGAACAACUUCAUCAUUCGGUGUGUACGAGAAAGAGGCACCGACGCUGUGAAUACUCUCACUUUAUGCAUCACCACAGAGAUCUCUCAGGUCUUCUGGUCUCAGCUUUUAAAACCCAGGUGUCCAAGAGCCCAUUUGAAGAGACUGCCGAUGGAGAUGUUUAUUAUCCCGAGCGGUGCUGUUGUAUCGCAGUUUGUGCUCAUCAGUGCCUGCGCUUACUGCAGCAGGUGGCCUCGAGCACUACCUGUGUCCAGAUUCUAUCGGGGCUUCACAGUGUUGGAAUAUGCUGUUGCAUGGAUCCCAAAUCUGUCAUCAUUCCUUUGCUCCAUGCUUUCAAAUUGCCAGCACUGAAAAAUUUUCAGCAGCACAUAUUGAAUAUUCUCAAUCAACUUAUUUUGGAUCAGUUAGGAGGAGCAGAAAUAGCACAAAAAAUUAAGAAAGCAGCUUGCAAUAUUUGUACGGUUGAUACUGAUCAACUGAACAAGUUAGAAGAGACCCUGCAGAGGAAUGAACAUGAUUCUGACCCUUCAUCAGGUUUGUCCAGUCCUCGUUACAGAUUCCAAGGGAUCCUACCCAGCAGUGGGUCGGAAGACUUCCUGUGGAAAUGGGAUGCAUUAGAGGCUUACCAGAACUUCGUUUUUGAAGAAGACAGAUUGCAUAACAUACAGAUUGCAAAUCACAUCUGCAAUUUAAUCCAAAAAGGCAAUGUAGUUGUCCAGUGGAAAUUAUAUAAUUACAUAUUUAAUCCCGUGCUCCAAAGAGCAGUUGAAUUAGCACAUCACUGUCGACACCUAAGUUUGACUUCGCCUCGAACUCAUGUGUGUCGCCAUCACAGGCAGUGUCUGUCUAAGGAAGUGCUUCAGAUUUACUUAAAAACUCUGCCUACCCUGCUGAAAUCCAGGGUAAUGAGAGAUCUGUUUUUAAGUUGUAAUGGAGUAAAUCAAAUAAUUGAAUUAAAUUACUUAGAUGGUAUUCGAAGUCAUUCCCUAAAAGCAUUUGAAACUCUGAUACUCAGCCUAGGGGAACAGCGGAAAGCAGCUUCAGGUCUGGGUACUGAUGGGCUAGACACCGAGCAGAAGGAAUCAGCAUCUUUCAGUGUGGCCACGCCUUUUCAUGACCAGCCAGUCUAUUCAGAGUCUCCUCAGAGUCUCAGCAAAUUUUAUACUGGCCUCAAAAAUGCUUAUCCAAAGAAAUGGAGGGCUGUUGACCAGGAUGUCCACAUCAACACGAUCCACCUCUUUCUCUGUCUGGCGUUUUUAUGUGUGAGCAAAGAAGCUGAAUCUGAUAGGGAUUCUGCCAAUGACUCAGAAGAUACUUCUGGCUACGACAGUACAGCAAGUGAGCCUUUGAGUCAUAUGCUUCCGUCUUUAUCUCUCGAGAGCCUGGCCUUGCCUUCCGCCGAACACAUGUACCAAGCCGCGGAUAUCUGGUCAGCGUGCCGCCUGAUCUACAUGUUGAAUUCAGUGUUCCAGAAGCAGUUUUACAGGCUCGGUGGCUUCCGAGUGUGUCAUAAGUUAAUAUUUAUGAUAAUACAGAAGCUAUUCAGAAGUCAUGACGAGGGGCAAGAAAAGAUGCAGGAAGGUGUAAAUGUCAAUGAAAGCCAAGAUUUAAGCAGAACCUGUCAAUCUGAGAUAGCUAUGGAGGAAGAUUUACCAUCUUUGACUGUAAAAAGUGACCUCGGUCCACCAGAACUGUGUAGUCUGAAAGAGAGCAUGGAUGAUUUUGGUAAAUUGGAGCCACAGCACACUUGUCGCACAAAUGGGAAGCAAAUUUCAACUAGUGAAGCGGCUCCCGAGGAAGCAAGUAUACUUACAAGGCAAGAAACUGAGGCUUCACUUCAGAGCGUAAGACUCUUGGAAGCCCUUCUAGCCAUUUGGCUCCACGGCGCUAGGACUAGUCAACAAAAGGUGGAGGUGGAAUCACUGUGUCAGAACUUUUCUGUGGAAAAUAUAUUGCUUGAAAUGAGGGACCAACUUUCCCAGUCAAAGGUGAUUGAAACAGAAUUAGCAAAGCCUUUAUUUGAUGCCCUGCUUCGAGUUGCUCUGGGGAAUCACUCUGCAGAUUUUGAACAUAGUGAUGCUAUGAAUGAGAAGAGCCACCAGUCUGAAGAGGAACUGUCUCCCCAGCCUGAUGAUUUUUCAGAAGCUGAGGACUCUCAGAGCUGUAGUUUUAAGCUUUUGGUUGAAGAAGAAGGUUAUGAGGCAGACAGUGAAAGCAAUCCUGAGGACAGUGAAAGCCAGGAUCAUGUGGUAGACUCUAAGUCUGAGACAGAAGGUUUAAAUGCAUCAGACUUUCCAAAUUACUUCCUUGAAAACCUCACUCAAGGGGAAAUAAUAUAUCCUGAGAUUUGUAUGCUGGAAUUAAAUUUACUUUCUUCUAGUAAAGUCAAACUUGAUGUGCUUGCCCAUGUCUUUGAGAGUUUUUUGAAAAUCAUCAGGCAGAAAGAAAAAAAUAUUUUUCUGCUCAUGCAACAGGGAACUGUGAAAAAUCUAUUAGGAGGGUUCUUAAGUAUUUUAAUUCAGACUGAAAAUGACUUCCAAGCUUGCCAGAGCGUACUGGUGGAUCUUUUGGUGUCUUUGAUGAGCUCAAGAACAUGUGCAGAAGACUUAACCCUUCUUUUGAGAAUAUUUCUGGAGAAAUCUCCUUGUACAGAAAUUCUUCUUCUGGGUAUUCUGAAAAUUGUUGAGACUGACAUUUCUCUGAGCCCUUUACAGUAUCUAACCUUCCCUUUAUUGCACACCCCAAAUGUAAGCAAUGGUGUUCUGUCGCAUAAGUGCUCUGGAAUUCUGAACAGCAAGGCCCUGGGGUUACUGAGAAGAACGCGGGCUUCACGAAGCAAGAAGGCAGCAGAGAGUGAAGGCUUUCCCCACCAGCAGCUUUCCUCUUGGCAUGUAGCCCCACUCCACUUGCCAUUGCUGGGCCAAAACUGCUGGCCACACCUGGCAGAGGGCUUCAGUGUGUCCUUGUGGUUUAAUGUGGAUUGUAUCCAUGACACUGAGAAGCCCACAGAAAAAGCAAAGAAGAUCAAGAAAAGAAGCAAAUCAGUAGUUGGAUGGGAGAGCAGUUUUGAGGAGGCAGAGAGCAGCAGACCGGAAGGUGCAGAGUGUGUAAAUCCUGGUGAAAAACUCAUAGAAGAAGGUUCCCUUCAUAUGAUCUCAUUAGGAUCCAAAGCCUUGAUGAUCCAAGUGUGGGCUGACCCCCACAGUGGCACGCUUAUCUUUCGUGUGUGCAUGGAUUCAAAUGAUGAUACAAAGGCUGUUUUGCUGGCACAGGUGGAAUCACAGGAGAAUGUUUUCCUCCCAAGCAAAUGGCAACAUUUAGUACUCACCUACUUACAGCAGUCACAAGGGAAAAAAAACACCCAUGGGACACUCUCCAUAUGGGUCUCUGGACAGAGGAAGCCUGAUGUUACUUUGGAUUAUAUGCUUCCAAGAAAACCAAGUUUGUCAUCUGAUAGUAAUAAAACGUUUUGUAUGAUUGGCCAUUGUUUACCAUCCCAAGAAGAAUGUUUGCAAUUGGCUGGGAAAUGGAACCUAGGGAAUUUGCUCCUCUUUAAUGGAGCUAAGAUUGGCUCACAAGAGGCCUUUUAUCUCUAUGCUUGUGGGCCCAACUAUACAUCUAUAAUGCCAUGUAAGUAUGGCACGCCAGUGAAUGAUUACUCCAAAUAUGUUACUAAAGAAAUCUUGCAAUCUGAACAAAUCAGAGAACUUUUUAUGACCAAGAAAGAGGUGGACUUUGGUGUCUUAAUUGAAAGUCUUUCAAUAGUUUAUACAACUUACUGUCCUGCUCAGUAUACCAUCUAUGAGCCAGUUAUUAGACUUAAAGGUCAGAUGAAAACCCAGCUCUCUCAAAGACCCUUCAGCUCGAAAGAAGUUCAGAGCAUCUCAUUGGAGCCACAUCAACUCAAGAAUCUCCAGCCCACGGAAUGUAAAACUAUUCAAGGUGUUCUGCACGAGAUUGGUGGGACUGGCAUAUUUGUUUUUCUUUUUGCUAGGGUUGUUGAGCUUAGUAACUGUGAAGAAACUCAAGCAUUAGCCCUACGAGUUAUCCUCUCACUAACUAAACACAACCAACAAAGAAUACGGGAGUUAGAAAAUGGUAACGGCCUUUCCAUGGUUCACCAGGUGUUGGUCAAACAGAAAUGCAUAGUUGGCUUCCAGAUUUUGAAGACCCUUCUUGAAGGGUGCUGUGGUGAAGAUAUGAUUCAUGUCAAUGAGAAGGGAGCGUUUAAGUUGGCUGUAGAAUCUAAUGCUAUCAUCCAAGAUGUUAAACUGUUAGAGGAGCUAUUGUUUGACUGGAAGAUAUGGCAUAAAGCAGAGGAAGGUGUUUGGGAAACCCUGCUAGCAGCUCUAGAAAUCCUCAUCAGAGCAGAUCACCACCAGCAGAUGUUUAAUAUUAAGCAGUUACUGAAAGCUCGAGUGGUUCAUCACUUCCUACUGACUUGUCAGGUUUUGCAGGAACACAAAGAGGGGCAGUUUACAUCCAUGCCCCGAGAGGUUUGUAGAUCAUUUGUGAAAAUUAUAGCAGAAGUCCUUGGAUCUCCCCCUGAUUUGGAAUUAUUGACAGUUAUCUUCAAUUUCCUUUUAGCAGUUCACCCUCCUACUAACACUUACGUUUGUCACAACCCCACAAACUUCUACUUCUCUUUGCAUAUAGACGGCAAGAUCUUUCAGGAGAAAAUCCAGUCAAUCAAGUCCUUGAGACGCUCCAGCAGUGGAGGGGAGUCUCUUAGUAGUCCUGGGGUCAUGGUAAUAAAUCCAUCAGGCUUCUCCGCUUCACCCCUUGAAGGAAACGAUUCCUCCAAUGCUAUUCCACACCGUGGUGUUGCUCACAUGCUGCGUUCUAGAAGCCUACCAGCAUUCCCUACGUCACCACUAAUGCAACAACAAAAACUGACAGCCAGUUUGGGUGGUAGUACUGAGAAGUUACGAAGUAUUGCAGAUAGUUAUGCUGCCACUCACCCAGAGCAAUGGAACCCUCAGGCGAGUUCUGAGACCCUGAAAAAAGGCCAAGAGGACGCAUUCGUCAGUAGCUGUGAAUCUGCAAAAACGAUCUGUGAAAUGGAAACCUCUGUCAAUGGCGUUGCCAAAGAAAAACUAAGUUUUCCAGUGGUCAAAGUAGGUCCUAAAGAAGUUGGUGCAGACCCCAGCCCAGACGAUGACAGUCCUGGGAACGAGUCCUCCCCACACCGUCCUGAUUUUCCCAAAGGGCUUGCCUCCUUCCAGCGAAGCCACAGCACUAUCGCUAGCCUAGGACUGGCCUUUUCCACACAGAAUGGAUCUACAGCUCGUGGCCGUUGGCCAAAUCUUGUUGCUGGGAACACUGAUCAUUGGGAAAACUUGUCCUUUUCUCUUGAUUAUGAGCAGAGCUACAAGCGAACUACAAGUGCUCAUAGUGUAACAGAAGACUGUUUAAUACCUAUUUGCUGUGGCUUGUAUGACCUCUUAAGUGGCGUUCUUCUGAUUCUGCCUGAUGUCAUGCUAGAAGACGUGAUGGACAAGCUCAUUCAGGCAGAAACACUGUUAGUCCUUGUGAACCACCCGUCACCUGCUAUACAACAAGGAGUUAUUAAACUAUUAGAUGCAUAUUUUAAUAGAGCAUCUAAGGAGCAAAAAGAUAAAUUUCUGAAGAAUCGAGGCUUUUCCUUGUUAGCCAACCAGCUGUAUCUCCAUCGGGGAACUCAAGAAUUAUUAGAAUGCUUCAUUGAAAUGUUCUUUCGUAGAAGUAUUGGACUGGAUGAAGAAUUUGAUCUGGAAGAUGUGAAAAGCAUGGGACUUUUUCAGAAGUGGUCUGUUAUUCCGAUUCUGGGACUAAUAGAGACUUCACUGUAUGACAACAUGCUCUUACAUAACACUCUUUUACUGCUUCUCCAGAUUUUAAAUUCUUGUUCUAAGGUAGCAGAUCUAUUGUUGGAUAAUGGUCUACUCUAUGUUUUAUGUAAUACAGUAGCAACGCUGAAUGGAUUAGAAAAGAAUGUUCCUUUGAGUGAAUACAAACUGCUUGCCUGUGAUAUACAGCAACUUUUCAAAGCAGUUACAAUUCAUGCUUGCAGUUCCUCAGGCUCACAGUAUUUUAGGGUUAUUGAAGACCUUAUUGUACUGCUUGGAUAUCUUCAAAACAGCAAAAAUAGGAGGACACAAACUAUGGCUGUGGCACUGCAGUUCCGAGUUCUACAGGCUGCUGUUGAGUUUAUAAGGACAACUGCAAGUCAGGAUUCUGAAAACCUUACAAAUACAUUCCAGUCACCUUCUGCUCCCCAUCAUGCAAUGUUUCCAAAGCAGAAAAGCACUUCUGGUCCUCGAAAAUUCUCCCUUGUUCAAACUGAGUCUCUUCUGGUAAAAAUGCGUUCAGUGGCAAGUGACGAGCUUCACAUGUUGAUGCAGCGGAGGAUGAGUCAAGAGAACCCUAUCCGGGCAACGGAAACGGAGCUGGCCCAGCGACUGCAGAGGCUCCUUGUCUUAGCAGUUAACAGGAUCGUUUAUCAAGAGUUUAACACAGAUGUUAUUGACAUUUUGAGUACUCCAGAAAGCAAGAAUCCAGUUCCCCAGACUGAAAUUUUUGAGGAGGUUAUUCAUCACGACCACCCUUCUGUUUCCAAUCCAUUUCAGAAAGAAAUGUUCACCUAUUUGGUAGAAGGAUUCAAAGUAUCUAUUGGUUCAAGUAAAACCAGUGGGUCUAAACAGCAGUGGACUAAAAUCCUGUGGUCUUGUAAGGAGACCUUCCGGAUGCAGCUUGGGAGACUGCUCGUGCAUAUUUUGUCGCCAAGCCACCCAUCACAGGAAAGAAAGCAAAUUUUUGAAAUCGUUCGUGAAGCAAAUCACCAGGAAAUACUGCGAGACUGUCUCAGCCCAUCCCUGCAACAUGGAGCAAAGUUAGCUUUGUAUUUGUCAGAGUUGAUCCAUAAUCACCAAGAUGAGCUGACUAAGGAGGACCUAGACAUGGCGGAAUUGCUUAUGAGCGCUUUAAAAUUGUGUGGCCCCAAGUGCAUCCCUCCCAGCGCUGCAACAAAGUCAGACCUUAUUAAGAUAAUCAAAGAGGAACAAAAGAAAUAUGAAACUGAAGAAGGUGUGAAUAAAGCUGCCUGGCAGAAAACAGUUAAUAAUAAUCAACAAAGUCUCUUUCAGCGUCUAGAUUCAAAAUCGAAGGAUAUAUCGAAAAUAGCUGCAGAUAUCACCCAGGCUGUGUCACUUUCCCAAGGAAUUGAGAGGAAAAAGGUGAUUCAGCAUAUCAGAGGAAUGUACAAAGUAGAUCUCAGUGCCAGUAGACACUGGCAGGAGCUCAUUCAACAACUGACCCAUGAUAGAGCUGUCUGGUAUGACCCUGCCUACUAUCCAACCUCAUGGCAGCUGGAUCCGACUGAAGGACCAAAUCGGGAGCGGAGACGUUUACAGAGAUGUUAUUUAACUAUUCCAAAUAAGUAUCUCCUUCGGGACAGACAAAAAUCCAAAGAACUUGUCCAACUGCCCCUUUCUUACUUAUUUGAAGACAAAACUCAUUCUUCAUUCUCUUCUACUGUCAAAGACAAAGCUGCAAGUGAAUCUAUAAGGGUGAAUCGAAGAUGUUUCAGUGUUGCACCGUCUAGAGAGACAGCUGGUGAAUUGUUAUUGGGUAAAUGUGGAAUGUAUUUUGUGGAAGAUAAUGCUUCUGAUACAGCUGAAAGUUCGAGCCUCCAGGGAGAGUUAGAGCCAGCAUCAUUUUCUUGGACAUAUGAAGAAAUUAAAGAAGUUCAUAAGCGUUGGUGGCAAUUGAGAGAGAAUGCUGUAGAAAUCUUUUUAACAAAUGGAAGAACACUCCUGUUAGCAUUUGAUAACACCAAGAUUCGUGAUGAUGUCUACCACAGUAUACUAGCAAAUAACCUCCCUAAUCUUCUGGAAUAUGGAAAUAUCACGGCUCUGACAAACUUAUGGUACACAGGACACAUUACUAACUUUGAAUAUCUGACGCAUCUAAACAAACAUGCAGGCCGCUCCUUCAAUGAUCUCAUGCAGUACCCCGUGUUCCCCUUUAUACUGGCUGACUAUGUCAGUGACACAUUGGACCUCAGUGACCCAUCCAUCUACAGAAAUCUCUCUAAGCCAAUAGCUGUGCAGUACAAAGAAAAGGAAGAUCGGUAUGUGGACACCUACAAGUAUUUGGAAGAAGAGUACCGCAAAGGAGCCCGGGAAGAUGACCCCAUGCCUCCUGUGCAGCCUUAUCACUAUGGUUCCCACUACUCAAACAGCGGGACUGUGCUCCACUUCCUGGUCAGGCUGCCCCCUUUCACGAAGAUGUUCUUAGCCUACCAAGAUCAAAGUUUUGACAUUCCAGACAGAACUUUUCAUUCUACAAAUACAACUUGGCGCCUGUCAUCUUUUGAAUCCAUGACUGACGUGAAAGAGCUUAUCCCUGAGUUUUUCUAUCUUCCGGAGUUCUUAGUUAAUCGUGAAGGUUUCGACUUUGGUGUGCGUCAGAAUGGCGAGCGGGUUAAUCACGUCAACCUGCCCCCCUGGGCGCGUAACGAUCCUCGUCUUUUCAUCCUCAUCCAUCGUCAGGCUCUGGAGUCUGACUGUGUGUCCCAGAACAUCUGUCAGUGGAUUGACUUGGUGUUUGGCUAUAAGCAGAAGGGGAAGGCAUCCGUUCAAGCCAUCAAUGUCUUCCACCCUGCUACAUACUUUGGAAUGGACGUGUCUGCAGUUGAAGAUCCUGUGCAGAGAAGAGCACUGGAAACCAUGAUAAAAACCUAUGGCCAGACCCCACGUCAGUUGUUCCACACAGCACAUGCAAGCAGACCUGGAUCCAGACUCAGCAUUGAAGGAGAGUUCCCUGCUGCCGUGGGAUUGUUGGUGCAGUUUGCUUUUGGAGAAACUCGAGACCAGGUCAAAGAGAUUACCUAUCCGAGUCCUUUGUCAUGGAUAAAAGGCUUGAAGUGGGGGGAGUACGUAGGCUCCCCCAGUGCCCCAGUACCUGUGGUCUGCUUCAGCCAACCCCACGGAGAAAGAUUUGGCUCCCUCCAGGCUCUGCCCACAAGGGCCAUCUGUGGCUUGUCCCGAAACUUCUGUCUUCUGAUGACGUACAGCAAAGAACAAGGUGUGAGAAGUAUGAACAGCACCGACGUGCAGUGGUCAGCUAUCCUGAGCUGGGGCUAUGCCGAUAACAUUUUACGGUUGAAGAGUAAACAAAGUGAGCCUCCGAUAAACUUCAUACAAAGUUCCCAACAGUACCAGGUGACUAGCUGUGUCUGGGUCCCCGACAGUUGCCAGCUGUUCACCGGGAGCAGAUGUGGUGUCAUCACAGCCUAUACGAACAGGCUCACCAGCUGCACGCCAUCAGAGAUGGAGAUGGAGUCUCAGACGCAUCUGUAUGGGCAUACAGAAGAGAUAACCAGCUUGUUGGUAUGCAAGCCAUACAGUGUGUUGAUCAGUGUGAGCAGAGAUGGGACGUGCAUCCUGUGGGACUUGAACAGACUGUGCUACGUACAAAGCUUGGCCGGACACAAAAGCCCUGUCACAGCUGUUACUGCCAGUGAGACUACAGGUGAUAUUGCCACUGUGUGUGACUCAGCUGGUGGAGGCAGUGACCUCAGACUGUGGACUGUGAACGGAGACCUCGUUGGACAUGUCCACUGCAGGGAGAUCAUCUGUUCCGUUGCCUUCUCCAACCAGCCUGAAGGAGUAUCUAUCAACGUGAUUGCUGGGGGCUUAGAGAAUGGGAUUGUCCGGUUAUGGAGUACUUGGGACUUAAAACCUGUGCGGGAAAUUACGUUUCCUAAAUCACACAAGCCUAUUGUAAGCCUUACAUUCUCCUGUGAUGGCCACCAUUUGUACACAGCCAACAGUGAAGGGACUGUGAUUGCCUGGUGUCGCAAGGACCAGCAGCGUUUGAAACAGCCCAUGUUCUAUUCCUUCCUGAGCAGCUAUGCAGCUGGGUGA